CUCCUUGCUUCUGCCACACUGGAAGCCUACAACCAUGCUGGGGGCUGUGUGUAUCACCGUCCUGCUGGGCUACGCCUACGGACGCGGGCAGCCGGCAGUGCAACCGGUGUUAGGCUCUCGCGUGGUGGGCGGUGAGGAAGCCACUCCUCACAGCUGGCCGUGGCAGGUCUCACUGCAGUACAAAUACUCUGGUGGCUGGAGCCACACCUGUGGAGGAACCCUCAUUUCUUCCAGCUGGGUGCUGACAGCUGCACAUUGUUACAGCAAGAGCCUGAUGUACCGCGUGGCGCUGGGAAAGCACAACCUGACAAAGGUAGAAGACGGCGAGGUGAUGGCUGAGGUGGAGGACUUCAUUGUGCACGAGGAAUAUGACUCCAUCAGCAUCACAUGGUUCUCUAUGGGGUUUGGUUGGCGAUCCUCUACAAGUUUUGGUUGGUGGCUCUCUAAAGGGUUUGGUUGGCUGUGUUAUAUGGGGUUUUGUCAUUGCAGCAACGACAUUGCAUUGAUCAAGUUGUCAGAGCCAGUGGAGGAGAGUGACACCAUCCAGGCUGCCAGCCUGCCACCCAGCGGGCUGGAGCUGGAGAACGGCUACCCCUGCGUGGUCACUGGCUGGGGAACCCUCUGGACUAACGGGCCGCUGGCGGAGGUCUUAAUGCAGGCCGUGCUGCCAGUCGUGGACUACGCAACGUGCUCACAGAGAACCUGGUGGGGCAGCCUGGUGACGACUUCCAUGUUGUGUGCUGGUGGUGACGGCCAGGUCGGGGCAUGCAACGGGGAUUCGGGUGGCCCUCUGAACUGCCAACGGAACGACGUGUGGGAGGUGCACGGCAUCGUCAGCUUCGGAUCCUCCUGGGGCUGCGCCUACCCCAAGAAACCAACAGUCUUCACAAGGGUGUCCGCCUACAUCGACUGGAUCAACGAGGUGAGAGCAGAGCUCUUGGUGCGUGUUCUCUCCGUCCUUCUCCACGUGAAGGCCUGACCACGGUCUCAUCCUUUUGUCUUUGGCAGAAAAUCAGUGAGAACUGAGGAUGCGCAGAGCAGAUCACGUAUGGUGGUGUGCAAUAAAGGGAAACA